UGUGUGUGAGAGACCAGCGGCCAUCUAGUGGUAACUGUGCCGUCUCGACCAUUGUAGCCUCGUGUACCGUCUCCUGUAGUUCCACCCUCGCUCCACACACCUUGCUCAGCUAUUACGAAUAAAAUGGCUAAUUCUGGACAGCAGUUUGCGGAGGCACAGCUUAAAAAGUAUGGAUGGAAGGAAGGAAAAGGUCUGGGGCGAGAGGAGAGAGGUAUGACAUCAGCUUUGAAACCGAAGUUAAAGUUUGACAAUGCUGGUCUUGGCCAUGAUAUUGCAAAAGAUUUCAAGUUCCACUGGUGGGAUCAUGUGUUUAACAAGGCUGCAGAGAACAUCUCGGUUGAUAAAUCCCCAGAUGGAUCAGUGCAGCUUACAAAAAAGGAAGAAUUACAUGUUAGUAAGAAGAAACCAUCGAGGAUAGAUCAUAAAGCCACAUUUUAUGGGGGCUUUGUAAAGGGUGGCACACUAGUUGGAGCUAAGGAAGAGAGAGACUGUUCAGAAAGUGAAGAGUCUGAAGAAGAGCGAGACAUGUCACUUCGACUGACAGAUGAGGAACUAUUCAAGAUCUGUGGUGGACGAACAGCCCACAAGGGUGCUCGGCAUGGGUUGACAAUGACAGCAAAGCUCGCAAGGGUGGAGGAACAAGAACGUAUAUUGAUGCAGAAGUGGAGCACACCAGCUGAGCAGCUGCCAGAGGAACCAUGUGAAGCAGAAACACUAGAGAAAAAGCAAAGGAAAAAAAAGAGACAACAUCUAGAUGUUAAGGAGCUUAACAAGACGAACAUUGAAGAUGAAGGGCCACACAAUUCUAUUAAAGACUUAAAAAAUGGCAAAACCAGUAAUAAAAGGAGAAAGAUUCAGAGAAAAGAUAACACAAUGGACUCCUUGUUAGAAUGUGUUCAAAAUACAUCUUCUGGUGAUAAAUGUUCUGAACAUACAUUAAUGUUGAAUAUUGAGCAAACAAAUUUUCAUGGCAGUGAAAUUAGCUACAAAAGCAAAGAAAAGAAGAGGAAGAAAGACAAGAAAAAUAUUGCAAGCUUUAGCAAUGGUGUUAAUGAAAUUACAGAUAAUGGUGUAGAAAACACUGGUGAGACAAAUAACACAGAGAAAGAAAAUUGUAUAGAAGAAAAAGAAAACAGUUGUACUGAAACUGCAGAACAAGAGGAGGAAAAUAUAAUAAAGAAGAAGAAAGAUAAGAAGAGAAAGAAACACAAGCAUGUGGAAGAGAGUGCGACACAGCAGACAGAUUAUGGAGUGACAGACACACCACUAAAAAAGAAGAAAAAGAAGAAAAAAGAGAAGAAGUAGAAGAAAAAUUAACUUAAUUUUCAAUAUAUUUUAUUGAUAUUCAAAUUCUUUUGAAGUAAAUAUUUUAAAGCGAGGAAAUACUGUUUAAACAAAUGUAAUAUAAAAAUUGUACUUACUAC